AAGAGUGUAAGCCGAAGCCUGCAGAGCAGGUAGAGUCCGUCUGGAAGUAGCCUGCGGGUUGAAAUGGGGGCCAGUGCCGUGCACUGAAGACAAUGGACUGCACAAUCCAGCUGCCAGAAGUUGCUCUUAAUGAAAUGCAAGUUAGAUUUUAAGGGCCUGACUAGCAAUGGGGAGUCUUGUUGUUGAUCUGUUUCUGCUCCUGCUGAUUUCCACAGGACACGUUUAUGGAGUCUCAUUCUACGGGGAUGGAUACAUCCACCUGCGGACGAGGGAGGCGUCCAAUCAGACUUUGCUUCACGUGCGUUUCCGCACCUCCAGUCCGGCUGGCAUGCUGUUCCUGGCCGCUGGACGCAGAGACUUCUUGCUGCUGGAGCUCCUCUCUGGGCGCCUGCAGGUCCGCCUGAACCUGGGCUCAGGUGAGCGUUCACUACGCUCAGAAAAGGGCAUCAACCUCAGCGACCUGGCAUGGCACUCCAUGGAGCUGACCCACGACCACCACAACGUAAACAUGACCGUGGACGGAAACUCUCACACGAGCCUCCGCAUGCCAGGACCGGACCUGGAGCUCAGCGUCGAGGACGGCCUUUUUGUUGCCGGCACAGCCGGACUGAGUCGACCGCUCCUUUUCAACGCCUCCGCCGGGUUUCGAGGCUGCGUAGAUGAAGUUGUGUUUAAUGAACACAACCUGUUGUCCAGCCUGAGGCCCCAUUCUGGGUACAAGAGCGUCCACGAGGUGUCUCUGGGCUGUAGCUCACAGUUUGCGGCCACGGAAGAAGACUCUGUCAGCUUUUUUAGCUCCAAAGCUUUUAUCUCUCUCCCGCCGUGGGAAGGGCCGCAGGAGGGAGCGUUUGAAUGUGAACUGUACCCUUCCGCAAGAGAAGACGAUGGCCUGGUCCUGUAUGCCUCCGGCAACCAGGGCGGGUUCGUUGCUAUAGAGAUCAGAGACGGUAACCUCGUGGCAACGGUGGCGACUGGAGAGAGCAGCAAAACUGAGCUGCGUUCUGCAAUGCACGUUCACAGCAAUCUCACGUGGUACCCCGUCCGGCUGCACUUGCUGCCCAACAGCGUCCAGCUGAAGGUGGGCGAGGAGUUGGUUGAGGCCACGCCGAGUCUGGAUCCCCUGGCCAUUCAGCUCGACGGGCCUCUCUUCCUGGGAGGGCUGGACGAAGAAGCACGGGGAGAGGCGAGGCGAGCUGGGCUGUUGUCCGCUGUGCCGGCGGGGCGACCGUCCGGGCGGGGAGGCUCCUUCAGAGGCUGCCUCCGCGAAAUCAGGGUGAACACUCGAAGAACAGGCCUACCGCACGCCGUCAUCACCAAGGACGUCACUGUAGGCUGUAAGACAGGGCAGGUUCAAGAUACGGUGACCACCAUGGGUCCAUCAGAUCGUCCCGAGUUUGAUGAGACAACCCCACAACCGAUCGCCGAAGAUAAGAAGAACACUAACUUUUUGUUGCUGAGAAAGCUUGAAGUUUCGGAGGGAGGUCGGGCACCACUGGAGCCCAAACACAUGAGGGUGAAUCUGGAUUUUAGAAAAUUGGGCAUUCACCCAUCCCAACUGAUGUUCCGUAUUGAGGGCCAGCCCGCCCACGGCCAGCUCCAACUGGACCUCAGUCCCGACCCUGAUGGGAAGCUGCGGGAGGGCCAGGAGAGGACUAUCACAAUGGGAGCAGGAGAGACGGAGAGCACCUUCAGUAUGCUGGACUUGUGGCAGGGCCGCGUGAUCUACGUUCACGGCGGUUCAGAGGACCAGCUUGACUCUUUCACGUUUUCGGUAUCCUCCAACAAAAGGAAGAUGCUUCCUGUUUUUCUGAAGGGUAACCGUCUGCAUCGGUUCGAUAUCAGCAUCAGUCCCGUUAACGAUGCACCUGUGCUCAGCCUGCCGCAGGGAAACCUUUUCACGCUGUUGGAGAAGUCCAGCCGACAGCUGACAGCAGAUUUGCUGAGGGUGUGGGACCCUGACAGCAGUCCUGCAGAGCUGGUCUUCAGCUCUCUAGGGAACCUCAACGCUGAGGUUGGACACCUUGAGCACCAGGACCACCCCGGCAGGGCAAUUGACUUGUUCUCGCUGAAUGAUCUGGAGGAGGGUAAGAUCUGCUUUGUCCACACCGGCGUCCCCACCUCCCGGCUGGCACUCAGGGUCAGCGACGGGCUUAAGUUGAGCAACACGGUAGUUUUGAGGAUCAUGGCGGUGCCACUCGAACACACCCUGGUGAAUAACACCGGACUGGAGGUGAACCAAGGCGAGGCUUUCAUCAUCACCACCACUCACCUCGCGGUGCAAAUUAAUGUGAAUGAUCAGGCGGUGGAAGUCCGCUACGCCGUUGUGGAGUCGCCACGAUAUGGCGAGCUCCAGCGGUUGCACUCAAGCGGCGACUGGAAACCGACAACUUCCUUUUCUCAGAAGCUUCUGGAAAAAGAACGGAUCCGAUAUCUCAGCACCUACCACAGCGUUCAGACGCAGAGUAACACCACUGAUUACUUCAAAUGUACAAUCAGCAUCGGAUCUCGGGCUUCUGAGGAGGUUGUUUUCCCCAUAACAGUACGCUGGAUCCACUACAAGGUCACACGCAGCAAGAUGGAGGUCAACGGCGUUCAGUCUACUGCGCUCACACCCAAGGACUUCCAUGUGAUCUCUAAGGGCGUCAAAGUCAACGAGAGCGACCUCCACUUCCGGCUUGUCACGGUACCAAAGAAAGGGCAGCUAUUCCUCGACGACAAAGCUCUGCGAAGGAACUCGGGCUUCAGCCAACAGAACGUCACGGAUGGCUUGAUGAAGUACGAGCUGCUCAACGUGCCUCAGGAGGACACGAGAGACACGUUCAGCUUCCAGGUUUUCUCCACGCACGCCACCUCAACGGCUUUCGACUUCCGGAUCAACAUCAGAGCCGAGUCGAUCGCCAUCACCGUUGUAAACAAAGGCCUGUCGACCCCGGAGGGAGGAAGUAGAGUCAUCAACAAAGACGUCCUGUUCACUCGCACGGCGAGUAACCGCGAUGUCCACUACAGCGUCACGGGGAGCCCCCGGCACGGCCACCUGAGGAGGAUCAACCUUUCCAACUCCACUUCCGUUAACGAUAACGUUGUGGCGUUUACAAACCAGGACAUCAUUGAGGAGAGGGUCAUGUACGUCCACGAUGACAGCGAGACCACGCAGGAUUCCUUCACUUUUCAAAUCGUGGUUCACAAACCGAACAAACGCGCGAGAAAGCAGGAGGAUCGGCGGACGGCCGAGCACACCUUCAAUAUCUCCGUGCAGCUGGUCAACGACGAGCGACCCGUCAGGGUUGUCGACAAAGUUUUCCACGUGGCCCGCGACGGGCAGAGGUUGGUGACGUUGAGCGACCUCCGUUACCGCGACGACGACUCGGACUUUGAGGACAGUUGGUUGGUGUACACGCGGCGAGGGAUUCCGUUGGGAGAGCUGGUGCUGGCCAGUGAUACCAGUCACAAGCUGUACGAGUUCACACAACGGGAUCUCCAGCAGAAAAAAGUGUUGUUUGUCCACAGAGGAGUGAGUUUUGGGCGUUUUGUGCUGUUCGUAUCAGAUGGAAAACAUUAUGUCUCAACACUGCUGGAGGUGAUGGCCCAGGAUCCUUACCUCCAAGUGGAGAACAACACAGGCCUCGUGCUCCAGCGAGGUGGCUUCAAAGCCUUGACCGCUGCCAACCUCAGCAUCUUCAGCAACCUGGACAUCCGAGACCCACAGGAAGUGACAUUUGAGGUCUUCCUUCCACCUAAACACGGCGUGCUCUGCUUUCAUGACGGAGAUGGCGUGACAGCAUCAGAUGCAAUUUCAAUAUUUACCCAGCGAGAUUUGGUGCUGGGGCGCCUGGCGUAUCGCCACGACGGCAGCCACGAGCUGUCAGAUGGGUUCAAUGUGACGGCCAGGGCGAACGAGAAGAACACGCCGGUGCAUCUAGAUCGGAAGAGGAGGGACAUACAUCUGGACAUUGGAGUGAUGGUAAAAAUCGUCCUGGAGAGCCACCAGAGGCCGCCAACGGUCACGAGUAACCGCCCAGUGGUUGUGUCCGAGGGGCAGUACGUCUCUAUAAGCAAGGAGCACUUGGAGGUGGUUCAUGAGGACAGCAGGCCCUCAGAGAUAGUUUUCAACAUCCAAAGUCCUCCAGCCCUGGGCUUUCUACAGCGGUUUCCGCCCAACGAGAAGCACCAGACCAACAACGGAGAGCAGCUGCACCUCGAUCAGAAUCCUCCUACUGUAGGUGGCAUCGAAGAGCAGCCAACAAAGUCCUUCACCCAGGAGGAUCUCAACCAGGGAUUGAUCAUCUACCACCAGCAGGCUGCAGGUCGCACCAACGACUCUCUCCUGUUGGAGGCAACGAACGGCGUCACAAGAGUCGGACCUUUCAGGCUAGAGAUUGAUAUCAUCCCCACCCUGCUCCCUCUUCAGGUGUCUGACUUGACCCUUGACGAGGGGUCGUCGAUGCCAUUGACCCCUGACAUCAUCAAGGUGGCCAGUCAUCACUUUUCAGGGAUGAACUUCCUGUACCAGGUCAUCACUCCACCACGACACGGACACUUGGAGCACAGCCGGAUCCCGGGGAUGCCCAUCACCGCUUUCACUCACACUGAGUUGGAACGUGAGUACAUCUCGUACAUCCAUGAUGGCAGCGACACGCUAAGAGACAACUUUACCAUUGUGGCCAAUCAGACGGAAAUCAAGAAGAACAGCCUGCCGUGCACGGGUCACAUCAAGGUCACACCCGUUGAUGAUGAAACUCCCGUUGUUACAACCAACAAGGGUCUGAAGGUGUGGGUGGGUUCAGUGACAGAAAUCACCACCGAUGAUCUUAGUGCAGAGGACUCAGACACUCCUGAACCUCAGGCUCUGGAGUUCAUCGUCACGCCACCGAGCAACGGCCACCUGGCGCUUAAGGGGGCCCCCUCCAGACAAAUCCUCAAUUUCACCCAAAAUCACAUACGAACCGGACAGUUGAUGUUUGUGCACAGUGGUGCUUUAUCGGGUGGCUUUCACUUCCAGGUGAACGACGGCGUGAACUUUGCCCCUCGACAGAUUUUCAGCACGACUGCCCACUCUGUGGUCCUCACCCUGCAGACAAAUCAUCCCAUGGAGGUCUACCCGGGCUCUGUGACACCAAUCUCUGAGCAGGAGCUUCAGGCCGUAACCAACGAUGUCAGCGACAGUAGAAGAAACAACUCAGUGGUGUUUGUGGUAACUGAUCCUCCGAAACUUGGCAGCCUGGUCCGCCGUAUGCCCGACAACUCUACGAGAAACGUCUCCACGUUCACACAAGGCAUGGUGAAAGAUGGGGUUAUUUUGUACCAUCAGAAUAAGCCACAGUCAGUGGGAUGGUCGGCCACAGACACCUUCUCUUUCACCGUGUCCUCUCCUCCGGCUUUCCUGGCUCCACACACCUUCAACAUCUUAAUCUCCUAUCAGGCCAACGCACAUCACAACAGCCCUCAACACAAAACCAGGCUGCUGAGCAACGCAGGUGCUGUGGUUGCCGAGGGAGGCAGGGUGACUAUUGACAAGUCUAAACUCGAUGCCUCCAAUCUCCUUGGGAAAGUCCCCGAGCCGCACCGGAAAGACCACCACAUCAUGUACCGCCUGAUUUCCCCACCGCGCCACGGCUCUCUGUCUAUACAAGGACAUAACCUCACCAGGAACCAAUCUGAUUUCUCUCAAGUCACCCUAAACAAGUUCGGCAUCACAUACGCCCACGAUGACUCAGAGACGACGAGCGACAGCUUCUCCUUCCGGGCCUGGGUGGCUCCUUUGAAUCUCUUCUCUUCCUCCUCGUCUGGAUUUUCCUCAUCUUCGUCUUCUUCCUCCCCCUCUUCCUUUUCCCCUCUCUACUCGGCCUCAUCCUCCUCCCUCUCGUCGUUGGAUGUGGUUUCUCCUCGCCGGGCCAGGGACAGCCUGGCGGUGACGGAGACGUUCAACAUCACGGUGACACCGGUCAACGACCAGCCGCCGCUCAUCCGGGACAGAGCGCCGAGUAUGAAGGUUGUUAUCGGGGAGAGAGUGGUACUUGGACGGGACCACCUGCAGGUUGAGGACCAUGACACCCCUCCAGAGGAGCUGCACUACCUCGUGAUCAGUAAACCCAGCAACGGCUACCUGACGCUGGGGGAGAGACUGGAGCCGGUGACCUCCUUCACCCAGUACGACGUCAACCACGGCCGGCUGCACUUCAUACAGCAGGGAGAGCCCUCAACGGGUGUUUUCUACUUCAACGUAACCGACGGUCACCAUCGUCCACUCUACAAGCGCUUUAGUUUGGAGGUGAUAAAGCCCUCUGUCUCCAUGGUGAACAACACUGGCCUGUCAUUGGUCCAAGGCAGGACCGCUGUGGUCCUGACAACCAACCAGUUUGCGGCACAAACCAACGGUCGCAGGCCGGUCAACAUCACCUACACGGUCACCACACACCCUCGCCACGGACGCAUCGCUAUUAACGACCAGGAAGUCACGGCCUUCCGCCACCAGGACGUGCAGUCGGGGCGCGUCGUCUAUCACAUGACCGAUCUCAGCGAAUCCGAGGACAGUUUCCAGGUCACAGUGUCGGCCGCGUCGCCCGGUGUCGAUUAUGUAAAUCUGACAGCGCAGGUGGUGAAUGUGACUGUGCGGCCUCUGAUAUACCUGAGGGAGCCCGUGAGAGUGCCCAGUGGGAUUGCUGUGAAGUUGGGGAAGGCCAUGAUGGAUGCCUCCGAGCUGGCGAGGAUCAGCCGAGCCGACCCGGUUUUUCUGGUUCUGUCGCCACCAAAACAUGGAAAACUAGUCAAGAUGACCUACGACCCUAACCGAGCGUCCGAGGUGCUGAAGUCAUUUACGUUCAGAGAUGUGGUGCAGGGCCGGGUCGCCAUCGAGGAGACUCUCAGUGACAGCGACAGCCGGCAGCGCGGCAACAAAUCGGCGCUCACGACAGCCAGAGGCCACGCCCCUGCCACGCCCCUCAACGACUCGUUCAUCUUCCUGCUGAAGGCUGGAAACGUCCAACCGGCGAAGGGCGAGCUGCACUUCACCAUCCUACCCCACCACCAGAUGCGUCACGGUCCGAGCGGCUCCAACGCAGACGGCGGGAGUCAUGCUCAAACGACCACCCGUCUUCCGACGCAUCAUAAGACCACCAUGGGAGGAGGUGGACCGGGGGGUUCCAUGACGCUCAGCGCGGACGCGCUGGGUUUGCCCCCACACAUUUUGUCACAUAAGAACCACAACAGGACACAGCACAAGUUGAGGCCUCACAGCCGCGGGAGGAAUCACACGCGCGGCGGCAGUCAUGGGGGAAGAUCGGGGAGUCAUGCAGAGGGAGUGGGUCAGGGUCACGGCGCGCUGCCCCACACGCCUUCGGUCUCGAACAAACACGUUCCAGCCUUCCCUCCCGUCCUGCACCCGGUCCGCGUGGAGAUCCUCCCCCGCCCGUCCUCCGACCCGCUCCUCAUUAUCCUGCCGCUGCUGGCCUGCUUGCUCCUCAUCACCAUCCUCGUGGUUUUGAUUCUGGUGUUCCGCCGCCGCAAGGAGAAACGGGCCCAGCUGCGGCUCCUCCAGCAGCUCGCUGCAGCGGCGUCGCCCGCCGAGGGAAGCCCGUACCUCGGCCGGGCGGAGCGGAGCCCGGCCAUGCCCUGCGUGGUGGUCACCCCGCUGGGCCCCGCCAGCUGCCCCAACUCCCCCAGGCGACAUUUCAGUCCCAGGAGGAGGAGUCUGGCGCCCGGGAUGACCUUCUGGGGGACAUUUGAAGCCGAUGGAGAAGGUGCUGGUGGGAAUGUUAUAGGCGGUGGCAGUAUUGAAAAGGAUAUGGCAACUGCGGGAUUCCAAACGUCUCUGAGAUCUAGGUCCCCUACUCCGACUCUUAAAGACAACCAGUACUGGGUUUGAUGAAAGAAAUCCAACGAAAAACUGUGCCUUGGAGGUGUAUUAUAGUUUAUUAGUAGUAACAUCUGUACUAUCCAAGGGACAGCCGUAGUCGUCUAAGGCACAUUCACACAAAGGAGCACAAGAAUGUGCGUGAAAAGAUAUUACUGAGGAUAAUGUAUAAUAGCCACCAUGUUCAAGUAAUUUGACAAAACUCUUUGUUAUUUCCCCUGUAAAACAUCCCGUUUCCACAUAGGAGCUAGUGUGACGCUAUUAUGGCCACCAUUGGUUCUUUUUCCUCAAAAUAAAGGCUUUAAAGUCUAUAGCUGUGACAAAUGAGGCAUUAUGAAGAGUGGAUGAACAAGGAAGUGAAACAUAAAUUGGGGUUUAUAGCAUUUUCUGUAAAAGAAACUGUUUUCUGUUUGGUGUAGCUGAAUUUUAGCUCAAACUAGUUAGUGGCGUACAAAUAACUGUGCGAAGUUGAUGUGUUCAAAACCUGUCAACUGGUAGAUCGUACGGUCUGCUUGUACCUGUGACUAAAAGUGCUGUGACCUUUCAAGUCUAUUUUUUCCACACACCUUUUGUGUUUCCAUCAUCUGAUGUUGUUGCAGCUGAAGGAGGUGAGAUGUUUUUCAUAUUUUCUGAUAAACCAAUACACGGUGAGGUGUAGAGACUGGUAGCUUCCUUAUUUUUCAAAUAAUAUAUUUGUCACUCAUGAACCCUUUUAUGCCAGCCUGUUUGCCAUGCACUGUGAAGAAUGCAUUUUUAAUAAAAGCGACUGUGUGUCAAUCUUAAAUGUG